GUCAGGGCUAGAAGCGAAAGCGGCCCCGGAGUAGAGCUCUUCAAAAAUGGAAAUGAACCACGGGAGCUUUCGCGAAUUCAUCGGUAGUCGGGAUCAUCGUCAUCGUCGCGCAUCGUGAAUCGAGAUUGAGGGCGUGAUGCUUCGAAAGUCAAGAGGUCGAUACAUGACCUGCUUGCCGGCACUUGGGAAUUCCCCCUUGGCUGCGGCCUGUGCUGCGCUCAACGUCCAGGUGAGAAUGAUUACCCAGAAUAUGUUCAGGUGCUGUGUGCUGACAAGGGGCUUGGAAUAAUGUGCCAUGACGGUCAACUCACGAGUCAUCAAAACGUUCCUACAGUGGUCUCCGGAGGCUAUCGAGGUUCCUCUGAACGACGGCUUGCGCAUCCAAAUCCUUCCCACCGUCGACGAUCUUCUUCGUGCCCGAAAACAUCAAGCCAAGCAUAUCGAGUCAGCGCUCAUGCAGCUCGUAUGGAAGGACGGCAAUGAGGUUGACGACGAGGAGGAGAGUGCUCCUCCCAUGGUGGAACGAAUCGUUGAAGUCGAUGCGGAGAGCGGCGAGCCGAAACGAGAAAAGCGACCGGUUCACUUGCUCAACACCUAUCUCGUCAGCAUCACGCUCUUGAUCGUUACAGUAUCCCUUAGGUCCGCCUGGAGGCAGCUCGCUAUUGAAGUUAUGGUUGAUGGUGACUUUGUCCGUCUUGCUCUCGUCGUCCUGGCACCGGUCCAAAUCUUCUUCACUCUAUUCUUCGCUCAGGUCAUUGUCGACUGCUUGGCUCAGAUAUUUGGACCUAUUCAACAGCUCUCGGUCAACUCAAAGUUUUACUCGGCCAAACUGCCGCCGAGGCUGCAGACCCCUACCCUACCUCACGUUACGGUGCAGUGUCUGUCUACAAAGAAGGCCUCACCGGUGUCAUUGCUCCCACAGUCAAGUCGAUCAAGCACGCCAUCUCCACACCGCCAGGAACGAAUUGAGUUCUAUGCAGACCACAGCAUCGGUUGGGUUGCCCGCCCUAGACACGGCGAAAACGGCUUCCAGCGCCGUAGCAAGUUCAAGAAGGCACCCAACAUGAACUUUGCCCUCAUGAUCUCGUGCAAGGUGGAAGAAAAGCUUAGCCAAAUCCAGAGAUCCCCGGAAUGGUCCCAGCAUGACGAAGCUCAAGCCUGUGAGCGCGCCCUCCAAGAGGUUCUCGAGGAAGAUGGCCGUGCCUGGACUGACGGCAAUAUUCGGAUGGGCGACUACAUUCUCUUGAUUGACUCGGAUACCCGUGUAUCAGCCGACUACUUGCUUGAUACUGUCUUGGAGAUGGAGCAGUCCUCUGACGUUGGUAUCAUGCAGUUCUCAUCGGGUGCUAUGCAGGUUGUCCACACGUAUUUUGAGAACGGUAUCACCUUCUUCACCAAUCUGAUUUCCAGCGCUAUUCGGUAUACCGUCUCCAACGGCGAUGUUGCUCCCUUCGUUGGUUACAACGCCAUUCUUCGUUGGUCUGCCAUCCAGCAAGUCUCGUACGGGGAUGAAGAUGGCUACGAGAAGUUAUGGUCCGAGAGUCACGUGUCGGAGGAUUUCGACAUAGCUCUACGAUUGUAG